AUGAAAGACGUUGUUCAACUACUCGAUUUACCUGAUGAGUUAAUUUUAGCUAUUGUGAAUAAAAUUAAACCUCGACUGUUAUUGCUUUGUUCUAUUAUUGAUAUUGGUAAUAAUCGUUUGGAACAACUUGCACUUGAUAAAUGUCAUUCAAUCGAUUUAACUUUUGAUUAUUUUAAAUCGUCCCAUAAAUUACGUUUUAAACGGUCUUAUUCACAUGUCAUGUCUCGUAUCAGCAAUCAGAUUCAAUCAUUGACAUUCGACAUUCUACAUAUUCGCGAUCUUGCCAAUUUUGCUGAACAAAACUGUAAUGGAACUCUUUUAAAUUUGACACAUUUGAAAAUAACUAUUGGUAGACAAUAUCAUGAAACAGGCACACCUUAUACAUUAAGAUUAUUGACAUUCAAUUUCACAACAUAUAUAACACCAAAUCUUGUUUCACAACACCGAUUUGAUACUGAAAUAUCUCAAAUAAUUGAUCAAUUCAUUAAAAACACCACUCGUUCAUUUCUAAGUUCCCUUUAUUUAAUUAAUAAUAUGUCAUCAUCAAAUAUGUUAAUAUCAGCAUUAUCACCAGAUUCAAUUUUAACUCUCUAUCCACAAUAUUAUCAUAAAGAUCAAGCAUAUAAUUCAAGUUUAAGUGUAAUAAAUUGUGAUUGUCAAGAAAAUCCAUAUUGUAUUCAACAAUCAAUUGUUUAUGAUUUGGAUGGAUCUACUAGACUUUUUCCUGUCCCAGGCGUUUACGUUGGUUGUUAUUUAGUUGAGGCUUUACUACAAAGUAAUUUGCGUUGUUUGUAUGAUGAUCUUUGUCUACAAGAAUUAAUAAAGCCGCUAAAAUUAUCAAUCAAUAGUUCUUCUCUAUCAAAUUCGAGUUCAGUAUAUGGAACCUCUUAUGAAGAUUAUUUUAAUGAAUGUCAACCCGAAGAAUGUUCAGCAACAUAUGUCCAUCGAGAAAAUGUUGUGUAUAUAAUAACAACAAUGACUGGAUUGAUUAGUGGACUAACGAAAGUCUAUUUAUUCACUGUACCCUUAUUGGUAAAUAUGAUUUUUCCUCUUCUUAUUCGAUUAAAACGAAAUGGACUAUUCAAUAACCGAGUAGCACAAUUAGAAACAAUAGCAAGCAAUGCUGAUGGUUCAGUUUGA